CACAGCUCUACGUAGAGGGAAGCGCGCAGUGCACAUGCUCUGGUCCAUCUACACGAACAGGCAUCAUGGCGGACGUACUGGAUCUUCACGAAGCAGGAGGCGAAGACUUUCCUAUGGACGAGGAUGGAGAUGAGAGUAUUCACAAGCUAAAAGAAAAAGCCAAGAAGAGGAAGGGUCGCGGUUUUGGAUCUGAGGAAGGAGCGAGGUCCAGAGUGCGAGAAGACUACGAUACAGUGGAGCAGGAUGGUGAUGAGCCUGGCCCACAAAGAUCUGUUGAAGGAUGGAUCCUCUUUGUGACUGGCGUUCAUGAGGAAGCAACAGAAGAAGACAUCCAUGACAAAUUUUCAGAAUUUGGUGAGAUCAAGAAUCUCCAUCUCAACUUGGACAGAAGAACGGGUUACCUCAAGGGUUAUGCGCUGGUGGAGUAUGAAACAUACAAAGAGGCACAGGCUGCCAUGGAGGGGCUGAAUGGCCAAGAUCUUAUGGGUCAACCGAUCAGUGUUGAUUGGUGCUUUGUCAGAGGGCCACCGAAGAGCAAGAGGAGGGGUGGAAGGAGACGUAGCAGAAGUCCAGACAGAAGACGGCGCUGAUUUCCUCGUCUCCAGCAUCCGCCACUUUGCCUUUUACAGAGUUGUAAUCCAGAGGCAGUGUGGCUGCAUGCAUUUCUCUAAUGGGUUGUUUUAGAUUUUAGUGCUUUUUUGUUAUUGUUAUCUGUCUUGAGUGUCAUCCAGCUGCUGUCUGUGUAGUUUUCUCUACAAUGGAGGACCACCAGCACUGCGGCAGCUCUUGUAAUAUGACAUCUGUAUAGUAUUGGUUUCCUUGGUUUUACUUAAUUUUUGUACGAAAUUGAAGAAACUGGUCCUCAAAACCCAACCUAGGCUAACAUGUCAUAGCACAUAUGCAACAUAGAUCCAUUUUAAAGAUGUUUGUUUGUACACUUCUAAUAAAUUUCUUCAGGGCUAUGUUUA